CUUUGUCAUGGUAUCAGAGCCUCACUAUUGGUGAACCAAUUUACCCGACUCCAUUUUUUUCGCUGAAACGUGAAGUUCUCUCCCAGUAGCCGUACCAGUGUCAUGGUUGGCAGAGCAUCAUGUCAGGUGAAGAUAGAAUCGACGUUGUGUCACCCACGUUGUUCUAACCGGCGAAAAUUAUGUGGCAUGGGCCAAGGCGAUUCAGCUCUCGUUGAAGGCAGGACGAAAGUUUCUGUUUGUUGACGGAACUAUAAAAAAGCCGACCGAAGUUCGUAAACUCCUCAAUUAGGAGACGAUCUCAUGCACUGCAAAAUGAAAGGGCAUGAGAUCGGGAAUUGCUUCAAAUUGUAUGGUUACCCGGAAUGGUGGGCGGAUCGUAAUCAAGGAGGGAAGAACCAGCAACCUAAUCGUGGACUUUCAUCUGCCUCGCAUGUCCUUCCACGGGGCAGAAAAACAGCACAUGAUGACGCCAAAGCAAAGGAGGAUGUGUUGACCCAACUUAAACCUGAGCAGGUGAAGGCUCUUAUAAACAUGCUGAAUACAGGUGCCACAAGUGUAGCCUGCAUGAGUGGACCAACUCUCGGGGAACCUGAUUGGAGCCGGUGAGAGAUGGGGUGGACUUUACUACUUUCACGGCAUUCCUAAAGCUCAGAUGAACACGGUUUCUGGCAUUGGGAAUUUUGAUUUGUGGCACCAGAGAUUGGGGCAUCCUUCAGAUAGAGUUCUCAAGUUAGUUCCAGUUGUUAGUAGUAAUUGUGAUCGCAAAAGCUUAAAUAAAAUGUGCAUUACUUGUCCAGUUGCCAAGAAAACACAUGCUAGUUUUCCUAUUAGUGAGAAUAAAGCAACUCGUAUUUGUGAACUCAUACAUUGCAAUUUGUGGGGACCUAAUCGUGUUCCUUCGUCCCGUG